AGUCGCCGAUGAGCAGUUUGAGAUUUAAAGUGCAAAAAGAUAGGCACACGUCAUCAUAAAUAAAUAAAAUUGUGAUCAACAGCAAAGAAAUUGACAAAAAGAAUCAAAUUUUAAUUUAAAAAAAUGUGCAUAUUUUAAAUAGAAAAUAAAGUGAAAAUUUAAAAUCAAUCAAAAUGUUUAAAAAAUUAAUUUUCAAAAUUUUAACAUUGUAUCUUGUCGCUGCAGCACCACAAUAUGGACGACAAAACCCUGGAUUAUUUCCUGGAGGUCAACUAGGAUCAGUGAGUGGAAAUUAUGGCGUUGGCCAAUAUCCUAUAGGUUUUAACCCUUAUCAAGCUUAUCAACAGAUAGUAGGGGGGGUUCUUCAACAAGGUUCACAGUUUGUCAAUCAAGUGGCAAAUCAAGUAGCAAGCCAAGCAAAUAGUGUGUUUGGGCAAGUUUUUCGUCCAGGGCAGUUCCCAGGACAGUAUAAUCCACAAUAUCCAGGACAAUUUGGAAAUCCAAAUCAAGGACAAUUUGGGAAUCCCAAUCAAGGACAAUUUGGAAAUCCCAAUCAAGGACAAUUUGGAAAUCCCAAUCAAGGACAAUUUGGGAAUCCCAAUCAAGGACAAUUUGGAAAUCCCAAUCAAGGACAAUUUGGACAGGGAGGAAAACCACCUAAUAAUAGACCAAAUCCUAACAGACCAAAUCCCAACAGACCAAAUCAAAACAGACCACAACCUCCUAAUAAUAAUCAAGGUCAAAAUCAACCAAAUAUAAAUCCUCCUCCUGUCCAACCAGUUGCACCACCUGUAAGACCUACACCUAAACCUGACAUCGGAAUUCCACCUCCCCCACCUAAUCCGAAUAACAACAGGCCUAAUCCACCAAAUAAUCUUAAUAGGCCAAAUCCACCAGUUAUCAAUCCACCUCCACCUCAAGAAAAUGGAGAUGAUCUUGAUGAGUUGCUUAAUAUUCUUGACAAGAACUCUCAAGACCAAGUAUCUACUCAAUCACCAAAUAAUAAUGGAUUCGAUUACGAUUUUGAUGUUCGCGUUGAUGAGAAACCUAUUACUAGACAAAGAAGAGAAACUGUUCCUGAAACAGCUGAAAUGCCUGAGCAAAGCACUGAUUCUGAAGUUGAAGGAAUUGAUAAUAGAUUCUUAGGUGCAAUCGGUAAAAGAGUUAUAGGACAAGGUAUUAAUGCUUUAAGACAAGGUGCUGAUGUUGCUGGAAGAAUCAUACAAGGUGGCUUCCAUUUUCCAACAAAUGAACAAGAAUACGUGCCAGCACAUUUAAGACCCCCUCCUGGUAGACCUCAAAGACCACCAAACAAGCCACCAAUUUCAUCUCAACCACAGUUUGGUGGAAGUGCCACAAAUGCUCAAGGACAAGCACAAAAUGUAGCUGGAGGUUUUAAUCAAAAUGCCGGUGCCAACACUCACUCGUCAAAUGUUCAAAAUGAAUUAGGUUCAUUCCAAAAUACUGGUGGAUCAAGUAUAUCUGCUAAUUUAGCUACUGAUGGCUCAUCUGGUCAAUUAGGAGCAGCCAAUACUCAACAAUCAAGUCAACAUACUGCUGAUGGAUAUAAAGAACAAAAUGCUGCUCAAAGUCAGUCAGCUAAUUUUGAUAAUAAAGGAAAUUUACAGACAUCAAAUGCAGGUACCAAUGUGAAUGUAAUUAAGGAAAAAGAUCGUGAACGUGUUGAAACUCUUGGAAGUGCAGCAUCACAUAACAAGAAUGAAUUUGGAACAUCAAAUAGUGCAGCAAAUACCAACACAGUUCAAUUUAAUGAAGGUGGUGUAAUGGGCUCACAGUCAACAAGUCAAGGUCAAUCAACUCACAUUGGAAAUGAUGGAAGUAUCUCAGGCUCACAAACAAAUGCUGGUACUCAUCAAUUCACCGGUCCAGGUGGAUUACAAGGAACAUCUUCGUCAUCAAUGUCAAGUAGUUUCAAUCAAGGAGGUUCAGGAAAUUCAGGUACGGGUAGUGGAGCAUCUGCUAAUACUGGAAGCUUUGGUGGUCAAGGUUUUGGUGGAUCUGGUGCAUCAGCAUCAUCAGGGGCAUCAACAAACACUGGAUCUUAUGGUCAUCCACAUGGAUUCCAAUUUAGUGUUGCAGAGAGUAAAAGCUAUAGUGCAUCUGGCUCAGUGCCUCAUGGUGCUGACAUAAGUAAAAUUCCAUUAAAUUUAGGAUUCCCAUUAGGUUAAUUAAUAAAUUUUGAUUCUAUCGAUAAAAUCUUAUCGGUUCCUAUUUUGACGCAAACAUUUAAAAAAUCCAUAAAUCCUUUUAAAUCCAUAUUGUUUAGAUAAAACAGUGUCGAAAAUUGUUAUUUUUGAUAUUUAAUGCAGUGUUGUUUGUAUCAUGCUUUAAUUCAAAUUAAGAUAUGAGGGGCUAUUCAUAAAUGACGUUCAUCAGAAUUUCUAAAACGCUAUCAAUCUGCAAUAAAAUUAUAUAAAAAGUUAUUUUAGUAUUUUCAUACUAAUUAUUAAACUGUCAUCCAGAGACAGAAUUUCCAAUAUUUUGGACAUCAUUUAUGAAUGACCCCUAUAUGACAAUAUAAUAAAUUUUUGAAAAUUUUAUUUUAUUAAUACAAAUUUCUUAGUAUUUUUUUAUAUCUGUACAAAUAAAGUGUCACACAUUUAUUCGUAAAAUUAUGUUUUAAUAGUGAAAGGCAUUGAUUAAAAUAGCACAUCUUUGAGACGAUGUGAUAACUAAAUAUUCAGUUCAAACCCAAAAAAAAAAUCACAUUAAAAUUUUGGUAAUGGAGUCUAGAGAAACGAAAUGAAAAAAUGGCCCAAAAUGUUUGCGAAAUUUAUCGAAAAAGAGAAAGGAUGAAGAUUCGUGCCAAGGUUUUUUGAGAUCAAUCUAGCUUUGGCAGCUCAUAUAAAGAUGAAGGUAUGCUUAUGGGAGAAGCUUCAUUUGAUGAAUUAUCCUCUUCUUCUGGUGAAGAAGGCACCUUUUCACUUGAAGAUUCGUAAUCGUCUGUAACUUCAUUACUAAAAUCCAAUCUCGACUCUGUGGUUGUAGGUAAUGAAGAUGAAAGUUUAAAUGGAUUUAAAAAACUCAAUUUCCGUCCAAUUUUUUGGAAUAAAAAUGAGAUAAAUCCAGAGAAAUCGAAAUUGUUGCUGCUAAUCUCUUCUGAGUUCAUUUUGAAUGAAAAUUGAUAAGAUUUUUUUGGAUACACAAAAGUCACUGAAAAAGAAAAAUUUAAAUUCUUAAUAUUUUUGUUUAUCUUAUAGUACAGCCCCGAAUGGCACAAGUCAGUUAAUUGAUCAGAAAUCCGGCACAAACUUGGUGUGACUCUGGCAUGGUGCUGGAUUUAAAUUGAUGCCAGAAUCAUGCCUGCUUGUUGCUGGAAUUCUAUUCAAUUAACCGACUUGUGCUAUUCGUGAGUUGCUCUCAAACCAAGUGCCGGGGCACACUUGCGUUCAGGAAUGGAUUUCUAGAUGUGCCGUGGACCAAAAAAGUUUGAGGGAGCUGCACAUCAGAGUCAAAAUCUAUUUUAUUGGGGGCAACACAAAUUGCUAAAAUGUAAAAAAUCUCAGCACCCCCCCCCCCCCCCCCUCCCAAACACUAUAUGCAAAAUUAAGUUUAUUCAUAAAAUUUGUAAGAGCCCUGAUAAAAGAGCUUUAAAGUUCUCAUUAUAAAGACACCCAAGAGUAGCAUAAAAUGGUUACAUAAAAAUUUGAAACUAUGAAACUU